AGCCUUUUAUUCACAAUAGUAUACACACAAAGUAAGUGAAACAAAAAAUCACAAACAACCAACCCUCCAACAAGUGAAACUGAUAUCAGAGGACAAAUUAAUUACAACUUCUUAAAAGGUUAGUCCACACUUUUCCAUCAUACUUUGAGUGAUUAUUUGUGUUACAGUAAUAUGCAAAUACUUAAACUUCUUAGCCCUAAAAAUCUCACGGCUUUUUUGUUUGUCUAUUUUUUGCUUUUUUAGUAAGAAAGGUGUCAUUACUAUCUAGUAUCUAAAAAUGUCAAUGCAGAAGGUUACAUCAGCAUCAGAAUGUUUUUCACAGAACAAAUUAAAACUGAAAAUAAAUUUAACUGUGCAUCAUGUUUAAAAAUGGGUGUAGGCACUCAGGAAGGUGUGGGUAACAUUAUUAAAGUAAGAAUUAUGACUCUUGCAAUUUAUUUAUUUUCUUGAUACUGGUCUGUAACAUAAGUUAACUUUCCCACUUUAAUGUAACAGAAAAACAAACAGGUCAGCUGUAGGUGGAUAGGUAAGCUUGAGUCCCAGCUCCAUGAGAAAUUCACCUUCUCCAAUUCUACAUACGAAUAGUCCCAAUGCCUGUGACAGUGAUUUUAAGAACCAAAAUGAUGGUAUAGUCAGCUCCACAUAAAGACAGGGUAAAACCCACAAGAAAAGCAGCAAAAAGGGAAGAUGUAAUAAAUGUUAUUUAACUUUUCAAAACCAUUAUUAAACUUACAAAACAAAACAACCAAACAAAACAAAUACAAACUAAAAAAAUGCACACCAAAAUGGCUGGCAUAUUGCAUAUUUAUUUACCUUCUGGAAAUUAAGGGAUUCCCAGUCUGAAGUUUUUUCUCACAGAAAUUAACUCCAGGCUAGAAAAAGAGACCUAUUUGUGAAGGAAAGGCAGGAUGCUAAUGGAAGAAACUAAUUCCAGUAGCCAGAUCCCUAAAGAAGGUGGUUAAAAGAAUAAGUUGCAAACUCUGGCAGUUCUGCAGGGGAAAGGCAGUGGAUAUGUGAUGCUUCUGGGUUAAAUUCUCUGAUUUAAAAGCUGCCAUAUCUCACUGAAACAGUAAAGUCACAAGAGGUUAAAGUCUCUUUUUGGAGAGAACGAGUCACUGCUGAAAGAUAAGUUUAGAAAACUAAAGCUGCCUAUUCCCAUUACUUUUCAGCAUUAAAAAAAAAAAAAGGAAUCACAGCAGAAGAUUUAACUUCUGGUAUAACUUCUCAUUUUGUGGUGCUAGGAGCUGUGCAGGAAAAGACCUUUGUCAAUGCACAGAAUGCAUCAAGAUCCUUGAAUGUGCUCCACUGAGAUCAGGUGAAGGUGGUAGGAGGCAAUGGCAAGGGCAAGCUGCAAAUUCUGCCCAAUGGCUUGGCCAGUGCUUCUCAGGGAAGCCCACUGUUUCUCAGGGAAGCCCACUGUUUCCUUUGACCAAAACCAGCUCAUGUAAUCCAUAGCAAUGCCACUUAAUGAAUAGUGUCCUCUAAAUGAGACAUCAAAGUAUUAAAAUGAUGGUAUUUUUUCUACACAAUAUUUACUGAUACAUAAACUACAGCAUUUUUCACAGCUGGCUCAUUCUGCAAACAAUUUAAAAGCACAUACUAGAAAAAAUAACAGCUACUGAGUAUUGCAAAAGCCAGCCCAAGUCACUCUAACUCUUUUCUUGGAGGGAGAUGUUGGAGUAGCAUUCCUGCCCUGAACCAUCUGCAGGCAUUUCUAUUCAGGACUUUUUGAAGGGUGCCAAAGAGGUUCUAGGUCCUAGAAAUGUGGGGCUUUGGGGGCUGUUUGAGGCAGAGUUGGUGCCUUUACAUUUAAUAGACCUCAUGGUGGUUUUUUGCUUCUGUGAAUGUGUACAGGUGCUUUUUUGGGAUCCCCAGAGGACUACUGGCACCUCAAAGGAGGAUGUCCUACUGUUUAAUUACCUGCUGCAUGAAGAUCCACCUCCUUCUGUUUGCUUUAAAUUGGCCAUCUGCUAGUUUUGCUUGAUGCUCUCUAGUUCUUAUAUUAGAAAAGAAAGCAAAUAAUCCACCCCUACUCCUCUCUACUAAUUAUUCUCUCUGGUCUGACUGUUUUCUGUUGUUUAUCACUUCUCCAUCCUGUAUAAUCUCAGACACUUAAAUCCUUGUGUCCCUCUAACAUCAGGGUGGCUCCAUAUUUUUCUUUAUGUUUGUUGCUUUUCUCUGGAUCUUUGCUCUUCCUGUUACACAUGGGCCAGAGCAAUCCUCAGGAGGCAUUGCAGCCCUCCCCAUUCUGUUCUUAGUGUUUCAUCCUGCCAUCUUCCACCAGCUUUGGGACAGUUUCUAAGUGCUGAAACAAUUCUUCCAUGAGUUAUUGCAACUGUUAGACCUUAUUUCUGAGUGGGAGCAAGUUGGUUAGAAAUUGCUCAUUUUCAAUCAAUUUACUCCUCUGUAAUCCAACCUGGCCACAGUAACCACCUCCAACCUGCUCAGAAGGCACUAAUACUCUACAGUUAUCCUAGUUAGACCUUCAGUCUGUGAAAAUUUGGCUUUAGUUAUUGGAGUUUGCUGAUUUUGCUGUUCUUUUGUCAUGGAGUUCAUAGCCUCUUUCCCUAUAGCCAUGGCCUAGUCUGACCCUCCUACAUAAGCCGUGGUCUGUCACUACCAUGUCUUGCUGAAUAUUUCCUUUCCCUGCACAUCUAUUCAGUCAAAAUGCCAGUUUGAGCCAGGUGUCCCAUAUCCCUCAUUCUCCUUUCACUGUGGCUUCAUGGAAAUCAGUCUCUUCUGGAAGUACCUGGAGUAUCAGCCAUGUGAGUAGGACUUUCCUUGCUUCUCUUGUGCAGCUGCUCUGGGAACCUGUGUCCCUCCACACGAAUGUGGACCUCUCCUUACUGCUGAGAAUGUUUCUAGAGAAGUUUUGAAGGAGAUACUUGAUAUUACUGUCCUGCCUGGCACCCUAUGUCUUGCUUCCCAAACCUCUUCCUUGACCUUUCCUACUUCACUGGACCACAGCCAUCUUCUAGGCCUCAGUGGUUUUUUUGGAGGGGGUAGAUUGCUGACAUCCAUGGUCUCUGCCAACCUAAUUUGUUUUGUGAUUGUGUUCUCAGUGCAAGGAAAGCCUUUUCACAACAGGAGGUCUUGUCACCCAUGAGGCUGGACUCCCUAUCUCAUUGCUAGCUUGGUGUCCUCUGCACAUCCAGGGAUGCUGCCACAAAGGAUCCUCAGAGCCCACAGCACCUGGAGAACAGCUUCCCCUCCAUCUGCUGUACAGCUGGAGAGCUCCUUAACCACUCCCCUGUGCCACUCCUUGCACAACCCCCGGUGUCCCGGCACUUCUCCCACCGCUGCCGGCCAUGCACCAUGUGUCUGCACAGGGAGCUGCACCCCCUUGGCUACCCCAAUACCCCGUAUGCUUGUGCAUACAGCACAUAUAUAGAUAGAUAUGUGUGUGAGGGAGGUGUACACACCUGUCUGUCCCCAUACGCAGCCCUUUGAAACUACUACAUUUCACAUCUCCUCCAGCCUCCAAGUGCUCUUUUCCUUUCUCAUUUAUGGCUAGGGCUAGGAAUGGCACAUUGCAACCUCAGUGAAUUUUAUGUACUGUAGUUUGAAUCGGGAUUGUCAAAAUCCCGUAGAAAGCUUUGGUCUCUACAUUGACUCCAUAACUAAAGGCAGUUUGUUAAAUCUGUUGAAAUCCAAGAGCUCCCUCUUGAAAUAAACCAGCCGCUCGAGCCUCGCUGGGUUCAAAGGAUCUGAUCUGUAAUUGUCCUCGUUGUGGAACUACGACAUUGUACUUUUCCAAAGGCAAUGACAGCUCUGGCAUGCGCGUGUGCCAGACCGAAACCAAGACUCCCACCUCAGCAGAGGGGCUAGAGACGCAAGGAGCGAUUCAGUCCGUGCUGGUGGAGCUGAGCGGCAGGGAUUCCUCUCUGGUCUCCGUGAAAACCUGCUUUGAGCGCUGGGUUUGUGCGUCCCAGAGCAGUGCUCCCUCGCUCCCCGGGGCUGGCUCCAGCUCUCGCUGCAGCCCUGCGGGCCCAGCGCGUGUUGCGGGAGGCGGGGGAUCAGCGGGAGCCGGUGCCGGGCGGGGGUCGGUGGCGGAGCCCCGGGCUGUGCUGUGCCCCGGCGCUGUGCUGUGCCGUGCCGUGCCCCGGCGCUCUGCCGUGCUGUGCCCAGCCGUGCCGUGCCGUGCCCCGGCGCUGUGCCGUGCCGUGCUGUGCCGAGCCGUGCUGUGUCGUGCCCCGGCGCUGUGCCGUGCCGUGCCCCGGCGCUGUGCUGUGCCCCGGCGCGGCGGUGACGGGCUCAGCGCUUCCGCGCCCGCCGCCGCAGCCCUGCCCCCGCCGCCUGCGCGGCCGGCCCGGCCCGGCGGAGAGGCGGGGGGAUUUCCAAGCGCCGGCGGCCUCGCCGCUUCCUCUCCUUGUUUUGCUUUCGAUCUGGCCCUCUCUCCGCCCGGGCGGAGGCACUGAACUUUUAGUUUUGCUCCCGCGAUUAUUCAGCGCCUGUUUUCAUUUCCAUUUCGUGUCCCCUGGCAACGGCGGUAACCUUGAGGAAUUAUAUAAGGGCCGCGAAAACGGGCCGGCAAGAAUGCCUGUAUUAGUACCAUAAAAAGAGAGUGGAGCAGCAACAUUUAAAUUCACCCCAACACAGAGACAGCCACACAAACGUAGCAGAAUUGAUCUGUGAGGCAGAUGGUCUCAGUCUGAAGCACAGUCUUUCUUUGCCGCCAGCCCCUUCAGAUGCAUCGGUGUCCUUCUUUGGCCCUGUCGAUCAAAGGUGACAAGAAUAGUGGAGCAGAGAAGUUAAGAAUGAUGCAGAGAACACAGAUGUGAAGAGCAAAAGAGAGAGGAAGGAGCUGAGCCCGGUGCAGAAGGGACAAGGAGAAGCAGCAGCCUAAAUGCAACUCCUUCCCAGGUGGGUGACAAUGCCUGUCGAAAGGAUGCGGAUGCGGCCCUGGCUGGAAGAACAAAUCAACUCUAACAGAAUACCGGGGCUGAAAUGGCUAAAUAAGGAGAAGAAGAUUUUUCAGAUUCCCUGGAUGCAUGCCGCAAGACAUGGUUGGGAUGUUGAAAAAGAUGCUCCCUUAUUUAGAAACUGGGCAAUUCACACAGGAAAAUACCAGUCAGGAGUAGAUAAACCUGAUCCAAAGACAUGGAAGGCAAACUUCCGUUGCGCUAUGAACUCCCUGCCUGACAUAGAAGAAGUGAAGGACAAAAGUAUAAAGAAAGGAAACAAUGCCUUCAGGGUGUACCGGAUGCUGCCCUUAUCUGAAAGACCUUCCAAAAAAGGAAAAAAGACGAAAUCUGAGAAGGAUGACAAAUUCAAACAAAUUAAGCAAGAGCCAGUUGAAUCAUCUUUUGGGAUGAAUGGGCUAAAUGCUGUCACUUCUGACUAUUUCCUGUCCUCCAGUAUAAAAAAUGAAGUGGACAGUACAGUGAACUUUGUAGUUGUAGGACAGCCACACCUUGAUGGCAGCAGUGAGGAGCAGGUGAUAGUUGCCAACCCUCCUGAUGUUUGUCAGGUGGUAGAGGUGACAACAGAAAGUGAUGAACAGCCCCUCAGCAUGAGCCAGCUGUACCCUCUACAGAUCUCCCCUGUCUCAUCCUAUGCAGAAAGUGAAACAACUGACAGCGUUCCAAGCGAUGAAGAAAAUGCAGAGGGACGGCUUCAUUGGCAGAAAAAAAACAUUGAAGGCAAACAGUAUCUCAGCAAUCUAGGAAUGAGGAACACUUCUCAUAUGCUUCCCAGCAUGGCAACUUUUGUAGCCAACAAGCCUGACCUCCAAGUCACCGUCAAAGAAGAAAGCUGCCCACUGCCUUACAACAGCUCCUGGCCUCCUUUCCCAGACAUCCCUCUGCCACAAGUAGUGUCCACAGCCUCCACGAGCAGCAGCCAGCCAGACCGUGAGACACGGGCCAGCGUCAUCAAGAAAACGUCAGACAUCACUCAGUCAAGAGUCAAGAGCUGCUAAGCCUUUGACAGUGUGGUUUUUUAGCUUUGUUUUGUUUGGUUUUGUAUUUUACGUUUCUCUAAGAGAGGUUCAUCCCUUGACGCACACGAGACAAACCCUAAGGUAAAGCCUUGGCAAUAUAAAACUUUGCAGUGUCUGACUCCAGUGCCGGAGUGUUUUUAACUCAGGACUCCAGCAGUCAGUGUGUAUACCUGAACCCAUAUUUCCAAGGUUGCUACAUAGGAAAAGAACCCAAGAACUUUGGCCCACUCACAGGUUCCAGUGUUUCAUAAGAGGACCAACCGACCACAAGGGAAGUGGUGCUGCUGCGCUUCUUGCUGUCAAGGCUGUGAUGGAACUGAAAGCCUCAGAAUGGGAGAGAAAAUGUGAACUAGCUGGAAUAUUUUUAAAUAAAGAAAAAUCUAUUGUGAAUAUUGUACAUAGUGCAGUACUAGCAAAGUUGCAGUCUGCUUCUGCACCUUAUUAAGAAAGCACUUACAAAAGGCCUUUUAUUACCUUGCUCUACUUAAUGGCACAUUGAAGGUCCCUCUCCACCUGUAUUCUUUUCCAAGGCUAUUCUUGCUAAAGUGUCUUUAAAGAAUAGAGGAAGGGAAAGGAAACUAAAACUUUCCAUGUGGAUUUCAUAUGUUCUGAGACUGCUUUCAUCAUGUUUGUUUCUAAUCUGCUAUGCUUGAAUGCCGCGUGGUACAAUAGAAAAAAGAAAAGAAACUUAUUACAGAGAUAUUAUGCAAAUUCCCAGAUUUAAAAAAGAAGAAAAAUACUCUAAUUCUAACCAGAGCAAGCUUUUUUAUUUUUUAUACAGGGGAAUAUUUUAUUCAAAGUAAAAUUCUAAAGUGAAUAUAAUUUUUUUUAAUCUUUUCUACAGCAAAAUUUAUAAUUUUAAGAUUCAGUCCUUGGUUAUCAGCAGUUAUGACAUCCUUGUGGCACAUUUUUUUUUAAUUUUGUAAAGGUGAAAUAGCUUUUAUGAGCUCAUGUAGCAAUCAGAUUAUCCUGUGGAUUGAUAAUAAAUAUGGUAUAUAGUUAAAUUUUUAAUAA